ACACAGACAUUUAACUUCUGUUGAUAAGUCUGUGGUACUAACAAACAAGUAAGUUGAAUUAACCAAGUAAAAAGAAAAACAUAAAAGGUACCCACUUGCCAACCGUGAGGUUCAGCAUUUUAUGGUUUUUACUGUACGGUUGACUUUCAAAUAAUUUGUUGCUAAAGAAAAAAAUGUUUUCGAAUAUGCAUCGAGUUGUAAAGGGAAUUUCUUUGGCACGGCAGUUUGUACACACUGGAAAGUUACACACAACUACUGCCCAGUAUGAAGCGCAAAAUACAGAAAAAACAAUCAAUCAAGUUACCUUGCUGGGAAGAGUCGGUGCUGAUCCCCAAAAACGAGGCUCAGAAGAACACCCAGUCAUAAACUUUCCACUUGCAACUCACUUUAGUUAUAAAUAUGAAUCUGGUGAUAUGCUUCAGAGGACGGAUUGGCACAGAGUCAGUGUUUUCCGACCAGGUCUGCGCGACACUGUAUACAAGUAUCUCAAAAAAGGUCAAAGGGUUUAUGUAACGGGCAAGCUAUCCUAUGGUGAAAUAAAACUAGAUGAUGGGCAAGUCAGAACAGCAUCUACCGUUAUAGCAGAUGACAUCAUUUUCUUUCAAAGUCAGCAGCAAAAUACCUAGGCAGGUAUAAAAAUAAUAUUAUGUACAUUACAUUUUUAAAUAAGCUUCUAGUUUGCUACAUAGUUCGUAAGAUAAAAUAAAUGUGAUUGAAGUUGUUAAGUAAAAUGAAUUUUAUUUA